UGGGGACCAUGGAGACUCAGAGGGCCAGCCUCGCCCUGGGGCGGUGGCCACUGUGGCUACUGCUGCUGGGACUAGUGGUGCCCUCGGCCAGCGCCCAGGCCCUCAGCUACAGGGAAGCUGUGCUCCGUGCUGUGGAUCGCCUCAACGAGCAGUCCUCAGAAGCUAAUCUCUACCGCCUCCUGGAGCUGGACCCACCUCCCAAGGCCGACGAGGACCCGGACACCCCAAAGCCUGUAAGCUUCACGGUGAAGGAGACCGUGUGCCCCAGGACGUCGCAGCAGCCCCCGGAGCAGUGUGACUUCAAGGAGAAUGGGCUGGUGAAACAGUGUGUGGGGACAGUCACUCUGGACCAGGUCAAGGGCCAAAUGAACAUCACCUGUGAUGAGGUGCAGAGUGUUGGGAGAUUUAGUCGGCUGCGUAAGAGGAUCCGAAAAGUUUGGCGGAAAAUUGGUCCGAUAGCUGGCCCGAUAAUCGGCCAUUUUGGGUAA